AUGUCGAUGCGCCGCUUGGGCGCUUCGGAUUUUCGCGGAGUCCGCGAGCGCCGCUCCGACGCCUUCUCCUCCGAGAUCUGGUUUGGCGAGAAACGCCUCAUUCUCGGCACCUUCGACACCGCAGAGGAGGCGGCGUGGCGCCUCCUGCGGCCUCGUCGGGAGAUGAAUUUUCCCGACAUGUCGACGAGCCAGCAAGCGCAGGAUCUCUCGCCUCUCCCGCGGCUUUUCACCGACGAGGAUCGUCGUGACCACCGGAGGCGGCAGCGUCGCCUCGCCAUCGCCGAGAUGGACGUGGAAGCCAUGGCGGUGUGGUGCGAACGCUUCCCGCAGGACAUCGUCAACGAGCGCCAGUUCUACAAGCAAAGGAGGACGGAGAGGGAGGCGAGGAGGACGGAGCGAGCCGCCUAUCGGGAGGACAAGCGUGCGCGGAAGCAGGCCGCUCAAUUAAAAAUGAAGCUAGGAGAAGCGUCCUCCCGGGGCUUCCAGGACGAGCGGUAUGCUGACGCCUACAUUCAGACGUCGGAGGAGGACAUUACCAAGUCGGAGUCGGAAAACGACGAGUAG